CUUAGUAAAAGCAUUGUAGUAUUUUUGUCUCAUCUUCCAAAGGGACCUAGUUUCCAAUAUUUUUUCAUUUGGCCAAAGCUGUCGCCAUGUUGUACCUCACUCAUGGACAGUAUAGGGUGGAGACUAAUGGCACUUGACAUUGAAGUGAUCCAUCGUCGAUUCUCCUCAUUGGCUGGCUAUUUUGCUGUCUGCUGUAAAUGUAGUGGUACUCCAUACAUUUCUCUAGCGUGGCUCUGCAUUGAUUCUUCCCCUGCAUCCUUUGGAAGACUGGCCAUUUAGUCUGAAUGAGGAAAGCUAUUAGAAAUCUGUGAAAAAGGAAAAUAUCUUCAGCGUUGAAACAUGACACCCACAGCCAGAACAAGCAACUAUACUUGUACUUUACUUAAAUAUGCCAGGUUUAUUUUCUGAAAUAGCUCAUAAUUGCGCACUAGUAAUACCUCAUCAUCAACAAAACAAAAAAUGGUUUUCUUUUCUAAACAGCUGUUAUAUUGUAUGGAAUAGACUCUUAUGUGAAAGAAAGGCGAAGUCACAGCCUUCCUCGACGGGGAGGAGGAUUACAGGAAAGUCUCUGAGUUAUCACACACCGCCCAGCUUCCAGGCGCACUCCAGUCUCUGCUGUGCGCUUCGCGGUUCAGAAAAUGGAAAAUAAAAUAAACGGAAGGAUGAGCACCAUCAGUACUUCGAUCGCUGAUUCCGCCGAUACAACAGUAAGUGACUUGAUUGAAGCUGGGUACAGUAAUACCAAAAUAUCUAACGAACAGUCUCUAACUUGCAUGUCCUCCUCCGUGCGUAAUUUUGGAAUCGCAGGCACACUGAUCCACGUUCCAAAUUCAAGCGGCGACGGCGCAGCUUUCAAAGACUGUAACAUACUCGAUGGUUCACUUACUGCAAAACAUUUUUAUGACCGUGGCAGUGAAUAUCUGAAAUGUGACAGUGUGCCGUGGGACGAAUUUGUGAAUGUUCAGAGGACGAAUGUGGCUUCAUCCGAAAGUUUGCCAGGCGCAAGUUUAAGCCUCUCCUCGACAACCGGUGCGUGUAAAUUCAUCAAAGAUGAAAAGGAACCAUCCGUGAUUAUGGACACCCCUUGUCCCAACUUUGAUCCAUCAUCGGAGAUACCUGCGCUUGACACCUGCUGUGACACCGACAGGAAGCAGCGGCUGGGGCUUAUUGACGGGGAGUCGACAAGCUUCACGCCGGCCGCGGCGGGUCCUCGACCGGGGCUAGAGGGACCUCCGAACUUUCUGAUCGACCUGAACCAGUCAGAGCAUCUACCGGCACUGAGCCAAGUGAGGGCAGACUCCAGGUGUGGUGUGUCCGGGAAGGCUGUCAUCAACUUUGAUGUCAACAGGCAACUGACGAUGUACAAGAACGAGGUUCCCCGUUGGCAGAUUCAGACGUCUCCGGCUGAGCCUCAGUACUGGUGCCAGUCCGCCGGGGUGACCGAGGACCCGUUCACACACAGCGGCUAUGAUGGGAUCCAGAACCAGGCCCUGUCUCAGAGGAACCCAUCACCUUUCUCCGCAUUCCCUGGUAUGCCACCUCAGAGAAUGUGUGUGAUCUGUGGUGAUGAGGCAUCUGGUUGCCACUAUGGAGUCUUAACCUGCGGGAGCUGUAAAGUCUUUUUUAAAAGAGCAGUUGAAGGCCAUCAUAGCUAUCUCUGUGCUGGGCGAAAUGACUGCAUUGUGGACAAAAUCCGGAGGAAAAAUUGCCCUGCAUGUCGCCUCCGAAAGUGCUAUCAAGCGGGAAUGAUGCUCGGAGGCAGGAAGCUGAAGCGUUUUGGGGCCUUGAAAGCUUUGGGUUUGGCCCCGUCCUUGAUGUUCCAGUCCCACUUGGCCAUGUCCAGUGACAAUCCGGCCUUGACCUCCAUGUCUUGCAUACCAGGCAUCCGUGAGGUGCAACUCUCCCAACAGAUCAUCAAUAUCCUGGAAAACAUCGAACCAGAGGUCAUGUACUCUGGUUAUGACAACACCCAGACCGAUGUUGCCCAUCUUCUGCUCAACAGUCUCAACCGGCUGUGUGAGAAACAGCUGCUGUGGAUCGUCAAGUGGUCCAAGUCUCUGCCAGGGUUUCGUAAUCUUCAGAUCACUGAUCAGAUGACCCUCAUUCAGUACUCGUGGAUGAACCUCAUGGUGUUCUCUCUUGGGUGGCGCUCCUUUCAGAAUGUCACCAGUGAAUAUUUGUACUUUGCACCUGAUCUGGUUCUUAGUCAGGAGCAAAUGAGGAGAUCUCCAAUUUAUGACCUCUGCCUGGCGAUACAGUUCAUCCCUCAGGAGUUUGCAAAUCUUCAAGUUACCCGCGAGGAGUUUCUCUGCAUGAAAGCCAUAAUAUUACUCAACACAGUGCCUCUUGAGGGACUCAAAAGUCAGGCAGUAUUUGAAGAGAUGAGACAAAACUACAUCCGGGAGCUGACCAAGGCUAUCCACAUGAGGGAAAAGGGCUUGGUGGCCAGCUCACAGCGAUUCUACCACCUCACCAAACUGAUGGACGCCAUGCAUGAUAUAGUGAAGAAGGUCAACCUGUUCUGCCUGAGCACCUUCAUCCAGGCAGACGCCAUGAAAGUGGAGUUUCCAGAGAUGAUGACAGAGGUCAUUGCCUCCCAGCUUCCCAAGGUCCUGGCAGGCAUGGUGAGGCCCCUCUUAUUCCACACCAAGUGAUGUGCAGAUAUCACAACUCUGCAGAAACAUCUUGUGACUGGAUUAUUGACCCUUCAAUUACUGGAUUCUUUAUAGCCUUCACUAUUGUAGUCAGUUAUCUAUACUUUGCCAAAUUGCCUCUAAUGGUCUUUAGCCCUUUUACUUUAUGAGGUGAAACAGAAUGAACAUGUUCCUUCAAAAUAUGUUUUUUUUUUAUUACUACACAACUGUCUUGAAUAUUAUGAAUUCAGAGGCAUCAAUCAAUGAAGCUUCUCUAUAUAAUUCUGGUGUAUCCACCCUUUCCCAUCCUACAAAUUGUGUACAGAUGGUAUUUACUAGCUGAUAUACACUGAGUUUUGAGAACCACCAGAGAUACUAAUAUUUUUGUACCGAAGCUGCAAACAAGAAAAUAUACAAACAGAAAUUCACAGUGUUUCUCACCAACAUUUUAUUCUUAGUAGAGGAGAAAUGCAGGAGACACUUAAACCUGCCACUUAAACUAAUGAAAUUCUUUUAGGGUUAGCAGCAGAGUGACUCACUGCACCUACUUCAGGGAGGAGACAGUGGAAAGAUAACUAUCUUUAAAAUAUUUGGGCCAAGGCCGCACAUGUGUUAUUUUCAUAAUAGAACAUAUUUCUAAAAAUCUGCAAAAUGGAUCUGCAUCAAAAUACACACAAUGACAGACUUUAAUGGGAUGCAUGUGACAGGUUUAAUGAGUGCAGUAGUAUAAAAAAAUAGAAAAUCUUUUCAAAAAAGCUCAACUUCACAAUGUACAGAAAUCCUUUAAAAUUGCUGGAUCAGCAUACAGAUCUGUAAAACCAAUUAAUCCCUUUCUCCUUGAUACAUGGUCUAACUCUACAUCAAAUUGAACUGAAAUCUGUUACUAUGUUUUUGAGCUGGACAGUUAACAACCAAAGAAAUCUGACAAAAAUAUAACUUCCCUGGCAGAGGUAAUAAAAACGUGCAAUAACAACACAUUAUCAUUUUAGCUAUGGCUAGGAAGGAACCUACAUCAUACUAGAAGACUAUAUUAUUUGUCUGUCAGUCUAAUCGUAGCUUUUUUGAGUGAAAAACACAACCGUGUCUAAGAGACAACUGUAUUUUACUCUCCAUACAUUUACAAUACAUUCUCACUAUUCAGCCUGUUUUACAUGUUGAAUUUAGAGUUUCUCGCUGCAGUGAGCACAAGUUAAACUCACUAACUGUGACAAAGAAUUUGGACCACAUGUGUAAUAAAUCACCGUGUUUAUUUAUAGACAUGUUAUGCACCUUUAAGACACAGUAGAUGAUUGCAAGGAAACAAGCUUGCCAAAUAAAAAAAAGGAUGUCAAAUGUUACAUAUUCAGGAUAUGGAUAUCAUUUCCGUGAUAUGCCCCUACAAAUUCAGACUGUAAGGGAGUAUUAUUCUAGAAUCAGUGUUCAAGGGCACCAUGCAUUCUUAAAGAUGUAAAUGGAAAAGAACAUCCUGAUCUUGGCAAGUGCAAAUCUCAAAUACCUUCCCAAAUACAUUUUCGGACACCAGAGAAAGUCUUACUUUAGAGUGAUUUUUCAGUUUGUAAUAACUGAAGAGCAAAAGAGUUGUUGAUUGUUUUCUUUCUUCUAUCUUUCUCUGAUAUAGUAUCACUGAAGUUUACUUUUUAGAUAAUUAUGGACUUUGUACUUUAUUAUUUUUAAUUAUGUACUUUGGAAAUGUUGUAACAGUAAUAAAAAUUUAAAUAUUAAAUGAAAUCUUUCACAUAACAUAAUCUAA